AUGGCAUCGACGACGACGGUCACGACGACGACGACGAAGAGGUAUCAUCGUUAUUCGUUGAACGAUGAUUUCAGACGACGACGAAAAGGGCAAAAAGGACCACCAAAACGUGCCAAAGUGGGGCGUGUGCUCGGCGCAAAAGUGGUGUCGUCGGCAACGAAGAAGAACUGCGAGACGCACGAUGUGUCGACGGAUGAUGACGUAAACGACGUAGACGCGUUUUUAGAGGACGAGGACGAGUGGACGAAAGAAGAUGUGAACGAUACAAAAGAAGAUCGAGGAGAAGAGAGCGGUAGUAUCGGUGGUGACGAUGCGACGAAAACGAAGAGGAGUACUACUCGAGGAAGAACAACAACAACAACAACAACAUCAACGGAAGCGGUUGAGGAGGUGAAAGAAGAGGCGAAAGACGAGUACGAAAAUUUAACGUGGGAGGAAAUCAUCGAGAGAGAAUACGGAGGAGGGACGCAAAAAUCGUCGAUGGUGUCUCCGUUAGCGUCUCGCUCUACCUCUCGCAGAUACGAUUUAGGUGGUCGCGAUGGUUCGCGCAACGACGACGACGACGACUCGAAGGAUUACUGGGAGACGCGGAUGCAACCGCUGCGCUGCGUGGUCGUUGGCGUCGGGAAGAAAGGGCGCCCCGAGUUUAAGAAGAACGAGAAGAAGAACGCAGACGCGACAUUCUCCGUGGACGAUUCUUUGAGCGAGUUGGAGAGGUUGUGCGAUGCGGCUGGGUUGGUUGUGGUGGGGAGGGUGACGCAGAAUUUACGAACGCCAAACGCGAGAACGUUUUUAGGAAGAGGGAAAAUUAGCGAGUUACGAGAGGUUUGCGGCGUGGAGAGUCCGAAUGUCGUCGCUGAAGGGAAGAAGAUGAAGUUGAAUGAGAAAGAAGAAUACGGUGAUAAUAACGAGGACGAAGGUGGGAGUUUUGAUUGGGACGAAAGCGAGGACGAAGACGAGGAAUGGGAGGAGGAGGAGGAGGAGGAAGACGACAGCUCCGGGAGUUCGUUUGAAAUGUAUUACAAGGACUACGGCGACGAUGAUGAUUAUGGCGGCGGCGACGACGACGACGACGACGAAAUCUUUGCGUUUAAACGCAAACAGUUUGCAGAUUUAGUCGUUUUUGACGACGAGUUAACCCCGAAGCAAGGCGUAAACAUAGAGAAAGCCUUGGGCGAUAAGCUUCGCGUGUGCGAUCGAACGGCUUUGAUUUUGGAUAUCUUCUCUCAACGCGCGAGAACGGCGGAAGGCGCCAUGCAAGUAGAAAUCGGCCAAUUGGAGUACCAGUUACCGAGAAUUACCAAGUUAUGGACGCAUUUGGAGCGUCAAUCCGGGAGUGGUAACGUAAAAGGUAUGGGCGAGAAGCAAAUUGAAAUCGAUAAGCGUUUGUUAAAGGACAAAAUCUCGCAGUUGAGAAAAAAAUUGCGCUCGGUGAAAACCUCUCGCGACCAGAGGAGAGACCAAAACAGAGAUAAGAACGGAGCGCCGAUCGCACCAACCAUUGCUUUAGCUGGUUAUACCAACGCUGGAAAGUCAAGCUUGAUGAAUGCGUUAUGCGGUGACGACCACGCGCGGGUUCAAGAUGAACUCUUUCACACGCUCGACCCGCUCACGCGUCGAUUGAACUUGCCGUCUGGAGGGAACUGUCGAGUCGUCGAUACGGUUGGAUUUAUUCAAAAGCUACCGACACAACUCGUGGCUGCGUUUCGAGCAACGUUAGAGGAAGUCGCAGAGGCGAAUUUAGUCUUGCACGUCAUCGAUAUUUCCUCAGAGUUAGCCACGGCGCAAAUGGCGGCGGUGGAUGAAACCUUGGAGGUUUUGCUUCGCGAACGAAACGAGAAAGAUGGAUCUUCUGUGUUUGAAAUGCCAACCCAGAUUUCCGUUUGGAACAAACUCGACAACUUAUCCGAAUAUCAACGUCAAGACGUCGAAGAAGCCGCGAAGAGAAUCAACUCGAAGAAUAAAAGUAACAAAGUCUUCAUCGUCUCCGCUCGAACCGGCGAAGGCUUGGACGAAUUGCGCAAAGGCUUAGAAUCCGUCUUGGCAGAGAAAACGUUACGAAGAGUCGAACUGCGCGUUCCUUUCAGCGAGAGCGGUAAACUCAUUGGAGAAUUCCGUAAAGUUGGCGUCGUCGAACGCGAAGAGUGGGACGAAGAGAACGCUUUAAUUGUCGCGUUAGUACCGAUUUCCAUGAGCGAAAGAGCCGACGUGGUGGGGUACUACUCUUCUUGGGUGUCCUCGUUUUCCGCGUGA